GAAAAGGACAAGCAGUGGGAAGGUUUCCUGAUUGCUGCAGAACAGGUUUGUGCUGUGGCUGAGGGAUAAGACGUUCUAUGAAAAGGGACAGCAGACACUUAUGAUCUGUAAAAAUGGACUCGUUUGAAGGACCUUGCCCUCAUCAGAGUGUUCCUGUUGAGACCGAUGAGAGCAUGUCGUCCUCCACUCUGGACUUGGUCUGGCCUCCUCCUUGUAACCAGUGUAGUGGACAUGUAGAGACCAGCAGAAGGCCACAGGACCAUGGCUGUGAAACACCUGGAGAAUAUGAUGCCGGAGAAAGGACAGUCCCCGAGAGCCGCUUCCAGCAAGAAUCCAGAGCCGCCUGCCGUGCUUCCCCGGAACCUAGCUUUAUACCCCAAACACACUUCAGACACAUGAGACCCCCCCAACCUGCAGACGUUUGGCCUCAUGGCCUCAGAGAACAGGGGACACUCUAUGAAUGGCAGCACAGUAGAGGCUUUGCAGGCCCUUCAAACUGGCCACAGGACCUCUCUGUUGAGGAGGCAGAAUGCUUGGAGGCCCCUCUUCCACUCAUGUCUAACAAUAACUCCACCUCCUAUGUCCAAUCACAAUACCCUGCUCAGUGCCCCAAUCCAAAGCAGGGGAAUUUUCCCAGAAAUUGUGCUUGUUGUCCUCAGAGAGACCUGCGCCAUCACAAUAAUCGUUCUUGUCAUUAUAAGCAUGGCCACCCAGGAGAUCCACACCACGAGCCUCAAGACCACCAACAGCCCUGGAGAGUCUCCCAAAAAAGGCAACAACCUAAAGAUGCUCCAAAUGCCUCAUCGCCUCAGAGCAAGGCGCUUCCUAGAGAUGUGAUGCAUGAGGUCAGCGUGAACUGCUCAUUGCGACCAGAUCCAGCAGCUUUCACAGGGGAAAUCAGGAAGACCAUUAGCCUGCCUGAGGAGUGUAGGAGUGUUUUCAUCACGUAUUCAGUGGACACAGCCAACGAAAUUAUUGUUUUUACCAAGUUUCUGACUGAUCAGGGAUUCAAACCAGCAAUUGACAUCUUUGAUAAUCCAAUCAGGAGAAUGGGCAUCACAAAAUGGAUGGACAGACAUUUGAAUGACAAAUCAGUGCUCAUCAUUGUGGUAAUCAGCCCCAAGUACAAAGAGGACGUGGAGGGAGAUGGAGAUGAUGACCAUGGGCUGCACACUAAAUACAUUCACAAUCAGAUCCAAAAUGAGUUCAUCCAACAAGGCUGCCUGAACUUCAGACUGGUACCUGUCCUGUUUCCUAAUGCAACCAAGAGACAUGUCCCCAACUGGCUCCAGAGCACCAGGAUCUACCGCUGGCCCCAGGACACACAGGACCUGCUGCUUCGCCUGCUCAGGGAGGAGCGCUACAUCAUCCCACAGCGGGGGUGUGACCUCACCCUCACUGUCCGGCCCCUCUGAGACAAACUGAAAAGUGGGAUAUACAGGAGCACAUUUAAAUGACACAGUUUAUUUUGUCAGAAGCCCACCACUCUGUAAGUGUGACUCAUGCUUCGAUGAAGACUGUUACUCCAGCAACAGAUGAGCUGUACAGCCUUUACCCUUUGUCAUUUGUUUUCAGAAGACCUUUCAUUCGACAUCUUCGAUGAUAACAUCUGAAAUGAGAACUAACUCACAACAUAUCAUGUAUCAAAAAUCAUGUUUUAAUUUGACUGAGAACAUAAUUUUCUCUCUGUUAUUUUCCAUUAGAACCUUCAUCUUUAUAUAAUGAGCAGGAGGCCAAGGAGAAAUGGUUUGUGUGUAUUAGAUAUUAUCUGUUAUAUUCUCUUACUUCCUAAAAGAAAGUGCAGACUGUGUUCUCAUGUACAAUUUUAAAUCCUUCUUUAAUAAAAAAUAAAUA